AUGGACAGUUUAACAGAUUCCCCAAUUGAAUGGGAGAGUGAAACUUUUGAAGAAGAAAAACAAAGAUGGUUUGUAAAACAACAUAUCAUGUUUUUAAUUGAUGCUUCAAAACCAAUGCACAAUACUUAUAACAACACAACUUUUUUCGCAACAAGUAUUGCACUUUGCAAAAAAGUAGUUUUAAAACUUAUUAGAGAGAGCAGAAAUGAUAAAAUAGGUAUAUUGAUAUACGGUACAAACGAUGAAAAUAAAAAAUGUCCCAAGUAUAUUAAUGUGUUGUCCGAACCAAUAAAACCUAACAUUCAGUUAAUUAAAAAGCUUGAUGAUGUGCUAACUGGUAACCCCAUUCAAACUGGAAAAUGUCCUUUGUCACCACUAUCAGACGCGGUAUGGUAUAGUAACUAUCUUAUAAAAAAAUGUAGUGAAAAUCAAAGCUGUAGUACUAUUAUGCUCAUUACAUGCAAUGAUCAACCUGACAUAGGGGAUUCUAAAAAACAAUUCCAUCUAAGAACAAGAAUUGAUGAUGUUAUUAAAAACAAUAUUGAUUUUAAGCUUAUACCUAUUGGUGCCACAUUUAACAUGAACCUUUUCUAUGAAGGUCUCCUAAAGAACUUCAACAGUAUCUCAAAACCCAUCAAUGGGUUAGAGAGUAUAGAUGAUAUUAUGUUGGAAAUCAAUGACAAAUUGAAACAUGGUAGAAGUGUAUCAAAAAUAAAAUUCUUUAUUAAUAACGAAUUUUACAUAUCUACUGCAUUGUACAAAUUUUAUACAAAAUUAAAAAUGCCAUCAAAAGUAAAGCUGGACAAAAGGACUAAUAAACCUUUGACUAGUAAUACUCAAGUAUUUACAUUACACACUAAAGAAUUAAUGUAUAAAUCUGAUCAGGCUAAAUAUUUGGUAGUAGGAGAGGAAAAAAUAAUUUUUAAAAACGAAGACAUGACAAUUCUGAAAAGUGGUAUUAUAGAACCUGGUAUUAAAUUACUUGGUUUUACAAAUAAAGAAAAUAUUAUGAUAUUGUACCAUUUUAAAACGUCCAUCUUCCUUCGCCCUAAUAAUGAUGUAGUUGAAAGUAGUAUUCGUAUGUUUAAUACUCUUCUUGAAUGCUGCUUGGAAGAAAAUAAAUGUAUAAUGUGCUCCAUAAAAAUUAGGAAUGGAGGAAGAGUUCAUUUAUCCGUCCUGAUACCUCAAGCAGAAAUUAAGGACGAAUCGGGUACUCAAAACCAUCCAUCAGGAUUUCAUGUAAUAUUUUUGCCAUUUCUUGAAUGUUUGAAACCAGUAAAACCAAUGGAACCAACAAAAGUCUAUGAGUCGUUAACAGAUAAACAAAUCUCAAUAGGUAGGAAAAUAUGUGAAAGCAUGCCCAUCGAUUAUUAUCCAGCACUGAUUAAGAACCCUAAAAUAAACGUUCAUUGGGCAAUGUUGGAAUCUAUGGCAUUGGAAUCAGAAUUACCCAACAUUUUAGAUGAAACACUUCCAGCAAAUGAUGUGUUUAAUAAAAGUUUGAGUGCAGUAAAAAAUGAUGUAGGUGGAGAGCUUUUCUCAAGUAGUUGUAAUCUACCAAAGGCAAAUAAAAGAACCAAUUAUUCUGGUAGUCAACAUGUUAGUGCGAAAGAAAGAAAAAGAAAAAAUUGA